AAUUCCAGGAAAAAUCCUGAAACGAAACUUUGCACAUUCAGUGCUUCAGACACAUUUGUUUGUUAGUGUAUGAGAGAGUAAAAUAUGGCCGAGGCCUCAGAGCUCACUUUAAGCGAUCAGAAAUCUCUCAUCUGCAACAUUUGUUUGGAUCUUUUAAACACUCCUGUGACUAUUCCCUGUGGACACAGUUUCUGUAAGGACUGUAUUACAGCUAUAUGGGAGCAGCAGGUGGAUCAUGAAGGUUGUCCUCAGUGCAGUCAGACCUUCAGCAGAAGACCUCAUCUCAUCUCAUGUGUCAUACUGAAGGAUCUGAUCGAGAAACUGAGGAGCAGGAAACCUCAAACUGAUGCCGAAGACCAUGAUGUGAGGUGUGAUGCUUGCUCGACCAGAAGAGUCAAAGCCAUCAAAUCCUGUCUCACCUGUCUCUCUUCUUAUUGCACACUUCACACUGAACAACACAAUGACCUGCACAAGGGGAAGAAACACCAACUUAUUGAAGUUACUGAUCUACAGAGACAGAUGUGUCCUCAACAUGGCAAACUGCUGGAGUUAUUCUGUCGUACUGAUCAUCAGUGUAUCUGUCUGCUUUGUGUAGUGGAUGAACACAAGAACCACAACAUCAUCUCAGCAUCUGAUGAAAGAUCAGAGAAACAGGGAAAGUUAAUGGAGACACUUGUGAAGUUUCUGCAGAAAGUCCAGGACAGAGAAAAUGAAAUAAAAGAGCUAAAAAAUACUGAAGAGUCUAUAAGACGUUCAGCACAGACGGCAGUAGCAGAAUGUGAGCGAAUAUUUCCAGAGAUCAUUUGCUCCCUUCAGAAAACAUGCUGUCGAGUUAAAGAAGUGGUUUCAGAUAAAGAGAGCUUUUGUCUCAAGAACAUUAAUGGACUUCAGGUGAAAGUACAACAGGAGAUCACUGAUAUGAAGAUGAAGAUUUCUGAGAUCAAUCAGCUUUUGUCCACUGAAGAUCACAUUUACUUCCUCCAGAAUGAUCCAUCUCAGGGUAAAGAACUCAUAUCUAAAGAUUGUGAAGAUCCUUCCAGCAUUUCUUUACAUCAAGAUGCUCCUUUUCACAAUGUAAAGAUGAUGAUUUCUGCAAUGCAAGAGCGUUUGAUGGAUGUAAGCAAGGAGAUGGAGAUCAAGAUAUCUACAGAAGAAGUCUGGAGUUCUGCUGGUGGAUAUAAAACUUUGCAUGAUUUUAAACCCAGAUCCACACAAAGAUAUUCCCAGUGUGGCCAGAUUGAUGUAUUUCAAUUUGGAAAACCAAUGAGAGCAUUUAGCUUUAAUUUACAGUAUGUUCCUGAACUUUCAUCUGUACCAAGCCAGAGCCAAACAUCUUUUGAAACAGAUAAUAAACAAGAAAUGUCUUGGGUAAAUGUUCCGUUCUUUAAGCCAGCUGUGCCAUUACCUGACCUUGUUGUGGUCUCGACAGGAGAAGAGGAUGAGCGAGUCCUUUUCAGGCACCGGGCCAAACUGUACUGCUUUCAUAAAGAAUUACGUGUGUGGAAGGAAAGAGGUGUAGGAGAUCUGAAAAUACUUCAGAAUUAUCAAACCAAACACACAAGACUUGUGAUGAGAAGAUCACAGGUCCUUAAAUUAUCUGCAAACCAUUACAUUACUUCAGACAUGAAGCUCGAGCCAUUAAAAGACAGCAGGAGAGGGUGGGUAUGGAUGGCCUAUGAUUUUGCUGAAGACGUGGGAAUGGUGAAACUGUUUGCUGUGCGGUUUAGACUUCAGGAGACUGUAGAUGCUUUUAAAGAAAUCUUCGAAGAUGCCCAGGAAACAAAAAGCAUGUUUUCAUGAAGAAAAGAAGUGAUGAAGUUGAUAGGACACUGAAGCAGCAUUCAUUUCUUUUCUCAGGUGUAAACAGACUCACAGAAAGAUUCUCAUAAGAUUAAUAGCCUUAUAUACAAACAGACACAAAGGAAGAGACAAGAUUCUUAUGAUGUGUCAACCAAACUAUUACAGAAAUGACAGAAGUCUACAAUAUUGCUAUUCAUCUUGUUUGCCUUCAUACGCCUGUUGUGUUUACACACUGAAUAUGAUCAAUAGUCACAGACUUCAAAGUUCACAGAGAAACAGACCUAUCUAGUAGACAUUGACAUAUGUAUAAUAUUUAGAUGCUGAGAUGAUACCACCAACCAGCAGUUGCUUUUUUCCGUUUGAUUUUUUUCUCAUUCUUCAUACAUCUCAAGCACUUUGGUUUUUCUUUUUGCUAUAUGUUUUUUUAACCUUCAGUUUUUUGUUAUGCAGCAUUUAGGACAGAUAGUGGUAUGUGGAAAAAUGAUGCCUUUAUUCAUGAAAUUUGGGUGUAGCAUUUUUACAUUUUGGUUAUAUAUUAAAUCAUAGUAUAGUAUAUUAUUUGUGUUGUGCUACUGAAAUGUUUUGUUUUGUUUUUAAGGACUGCUCAUGCUUUGGAGAGUGAUUGUAAAAAACAAGCUUGGUUAAUUUGCUUGUUAAUAAUGUUUUGUCUGGUAAAUGAUUAAAUGGUUCCAACCGGCAAAUUGUCAAUUUAUUAUUGUCAAAAAAAAAAAAAUGUAGUGAUAUACAUAUUUUCUACAUAUAUAUUUCUAAAUAUGUUUACAAAAACACCCUAUAAUAAUUCAAAGGACCAGACUCAAUUAUUUCUCUUAUACCACAGUUACCAUAAACAUUGCUCUGGUGCCUAUUUUUUAAGACAUUUUACAGGUUAGGUGUGUGGUUUACAGAAAAAUAACCAACACCCAUUGACCAUUUCUCAGCCAAUCAGCAUUCAAUUACAGGCCCGUAGUUUUACAAUUUAAAACCAAAAAUAUUUUAAAGCAUUUAUAUUCACGUCGCAUUGGACGAAAAUUUGUGUAUGUUAUAAACCUGUAAACGUAUAAAAACCUGUAAAAGUAUAUUUCCAACUGCAAAGAUAUACUUUUAUAAUUUUACUUUAUACAAACUUUUAU